AGGAUAGGGAGAGACCCAAAAAGGAGGUAAAUAGAGGGCUGGAUAUGUGCAGAGAGAAUUCCAUCAUCUAUUAGUAUUAUAAAGGCAUGCACACACACGCACACUGCCAGCUGCUGUCAGAUACUCAGAUAGAUAGAUACCCAAAGAUCGAUUACUCUGCAUCUACCAAGACUAAAGUGCGUGUUUCUCUCGUGCUCAUUUGUGUCAACCUACUUAAAACAAGCUUAAGCCCCCAUGCCUUUUGAUCUUUAAAAAACAAAAAUAAAAAAGAAGAUUCAGCUAAAAGAAAAAGAGAAAUUGCUUUACGGAUGAAUCCAUGCAGCCCUAUCUUUCUUCUCCAUCCAUUAAUAAUAUGCUCCAUCAUUCAUAUGGCUCAAUACUAACACAAACAUCCCCCUCCGACUACAUUUCCUCACUUGCUCUCCCUGUCUCUCACAUUGCUCCCAAUUGUCUCUCCAAAUUACGUUUGAUUUUGGCUGAUGGCUAGACUUGUGGUUGAAGUUCUUAACGCUAAAGAUCUCAUGCCAAAAGAUGGGCAGGGCAGUGCAAGCCCUUUUGUACAAGUGGAAUUUGCAGGGAAGCGGAAGAGAACCUGUACUAAGCCAAAAAAUCUCAACCCCUCUUGGAAUGAGAAGCUGGUGUUCAACGUUAAGAACUCAAGUGAUUUGGGCAGCCAGACAAUCGAAGUUUGUGUGUACAAUGAAGAUAGGCAUGGCCACCGCAAAAACUUUCUUGGGAGGGUCCGGAUUUCUGGUACGUCCGUGCCUUAUUCAGAGCAAGAAGCUGCUGUUCAAAGGUACCCUCUGGAUAAACGUGGCAUCUUCUCCCACGUUAGGGGGGAUAUUGCCUUGAAAGUUCAUGCUUUUGAGUCCUCCGAGGAAGUUGAUACUGAUCCUGAUCCUGAUCCAGAGCCUGUGAAUGAUGCCGAGGAAGAUCGUUAUAACAGCGAUUCAAAUGAAUUGGACGCUGAGUACUAUUACAGGCGCCAAAGCCAGAAGAAAAAACAGGAAAGAGAGGCCAGAACCUUCUACUCUUUGGGAGCUGAAGGGGGUGAAGCUCCACAACCAGUCUUUGUGGAAGCACAAAGCGAUAUUCUCCAGGCAGCUGCACGGGCAGAGGGGGCUCCUUCACGUUCACCCACUACUGUAUUGAAAAUGCAGUCUGGAGGUCAGAAGCCUGAGUACAGCAUCGUGGAGACGAAGCCUCCUGUGGCUGCAAGGUUGGGAUAUUGGGGAAGGGACAAGACUGCAAGCACUUACGACUUGGUGGAGCCAAUGAACUACUUGUACGUAAGGGUUGUGAAAGCCAAGGAUCUUCCAUGGAUGGAUGCUUCGGGGAGUCUGGAUCCAUACGUUGAAGUGAGAGUUGGGAACUACAAAGGGGUGACGCCGCACUUCGAGAGGAAUCAAAAUCCAGAAUGGAACAAAGUCUUUGCAUUCUCAAAGGAGAGACUGCAAAGCAGCAUGGUUGAAGUCAUACUGAAGGACAAGGAUCUUUCCAAGGAUGAUUUCGUGGGGAAGGUCACAUUCGACGUGCGAGAAGUGCCACAGCGCGUCCCGCCCGACAGCCCCCUGGCGCCUCAGUGGUAUAAACUGCUGGACAAGAAAGGAGAACUGCUCAAGAGAGGAGACAUCAUGCUCGCAGUCUGGAUGGGCACACAGGCUGACGAGGCCUUCCCAGAUGCCUGGCACUCUGACGCUCACAGUGUAAGCCAGCAAAGCAUGAGCAGCACCCGAUCCAAAGUGUAUUUCUCGCCGAGGCUGUACUACCUGAGAGUCCAUAUAUUUGCAGCUCAAGAUCUUGUACCGCCGGAUCCUUCGCGGACCCUGGAUCCCAUUGUCCGGGUGGAGCUCGAUACCCAGGGGAGGACUACCAGGGCUGCUUCGACUAAGGGAAUUCAUCCUGAAUGGAACGAGGAGCUCAUGUUUAUAGCAUGGGAGCCUUUCAAUGAGAACAUAGUUGUCAGUGUUGAGGAAAAAAAUCUGGUGAUCGCAAGGGUUCUCAUACCACUGAGGAGUGUUCGGAAGAGGGUUGAAUCCAAACUGCCGGAUCCUCAAUGGUUUGCUCUCCAAAAGCCUGCCUGGGCAGAGGAUGAGAAGGAGGUCCAAAGGGAUAAGCCAUUUUUAAGCAGGGUUCUUCUCAGGCUCAGCUUGGAUGGAAACUAUCAUGUCAUCGAUGAGUCCAUACAAUUUGGGAGCGACUUUCUGCCGGCAGCCAACCAACUAAGAAAGCCCAGCAUUGGAAUUCUAGAAGUGGGUAUCUUGAAUGGUCGAAACCUACAGGCGAUGAAAGGGAAAGAAGGUAAACUAACUGAUGCGUAUUGUGUGGCCAAGUACGGCAACAAAUGGGUUAGGACCAGAACACUGCUCGACAACCUCCACCCUACCUGGAAUGAGCAGUAUACUUGGGAAGUAUAUGAUCCUUACACUGUUGUCACUAUCGCCGCCUUCGAUAAUCGCCACAUCAAUGGCAAAGAUGAUGCAAAGGAUCAGAGGAUUGGCAAGGUCAGAAUCAGGCUCUCCACCCUGGAAACUGAUCAAGUGUACACCCACUCAUAUCCGCUGUUGGUCCUCACCCCCUCUGGUUUGAAGAAAAAUGGCGAGCUCCACUUGGCAAUACGCUUCACGUGCACAGCUUGGUCAAAAAUGUUGACACAGUAUGGAAAACCGUUGCUGCCAAAAAUGCACUACGUUCAACCUAUAUCCAUUAAGCACACAGACUUGAUGAGGCAUUGGGCAACAGGUGUAGUGAUGACAAAGCUAUCCAAGGCUGAGCCGCCCCUAAGAACAGAGGUGGUCGAGUACAUGCUUGACGUCGACUACCACAUGUUCAGCAUGAGGAAGAGCAAGGCCAAUUUCCAUCGCAUCAUGCUGCUCGUCUCUGGGAUUCAAUAUGUUGGGGAUUGGUUCAACGACGUAUGCCAGUGGAAAAACCCUGUGACCACAAUCCUGAUCCAUAUGCUCUUCCUGAUAUUGGUGUGCUACCCCGAGCUGAUCCUGCCGACAUUCUUCCUCUACCUCUUUGUGAUCGGCCUGUGGAACUAUCCGCUGAGGGCGAGGGAUCCCCCGCACAUGGAUGCUCAUCUUUCGCAGGCAGAGAAUGUGAAUGAAGAUGAGCUGCAAGAAGAGUUCGAAACAUAUCCCACGAACAAGUCUCUGCACAUUGAUAUUCUGAGGAGGAGGUAUGACAGGCUGAGGACAGUGGCGGCAAGAGUGCAAAGCGUGACAACAGACAUGGCAACACAAGGGGAGAGAGUGCUUGCCCUGCUGAACUGGAGAGACCCGAGGGCUACAUCCAUAUUCAUCAGCCUUUCAUUGGUUUGUGCUGUGUUUCUGUAUGUCACUCCGUUCCAAGUGGUUGCGCUGCUCCUCGGCCUCUACGUGCUGCGGCACCCACGGUUCAGAUCCAAGUAUCCCCCAGCACCUGUCAAUUUCUUCAAGCGAUUACCAUCCAGGGCAGACUCUCUCCUUUAAUAAUCAUAAUAAUAAUAAUAAUAAUUUGUUCCCCACUCUCACACAGUCAGCCCCUGCGUUGUGUAUGUAUUUCAGCACAAUAAAUAUGGAGUAUUGAUUUGCUUUUUCUUUAAUUUGUGUACGAUAUGCAAUAAUGAUGUCGAUGGAAAGUUAGUACUACUACUACUACUGCAGUCGGCUGUAAUACAGUAUCAAUCAAUAGGUUCUCAACAUUGUUAUUGUAGUUCAGGAAACUGCAUGCAGGACUUAUCAUCUUUUCU